CUCUCUCUCUCUCUAAUCAUGCCCCUUCGUCUUCCAAGCUCCAACGCAUACCCCAUUUCUCUCUCUCAUAUUCCGUGUUCUAAAAUUUUCCUAAUUCUCUCUCUCUCUUUCAUCUUCCAAGCUCUGAUCUCUUCCUAACUUCCUUCGAUCAUCAUCUCCGGCCAAACCUUCAUAUGUUCGCCAGGAUCAUCUCCGAAUCUGACGCCGUUCUGGCCUCGACCUCUUAGGACUAACCCACAAGGUCUUUUGGCUAUUGAAGCAGCGAGCCUUAAGCAGGUCUCCUGGGAUUAGGCUUCAGUGAUAUCAGAAUUCAAAAGCGUUCUGCGAGCAGAGCUUUUCCGCAAGUAGAGGAAGUGUGAUAGUUGGAGAGAGUUUGCCCAUCUAGCUGGGGGAAGAGAAUUUCAAGCUCUGAAUUUGACGCCAUUCUCACCUUACAAAUACCAAACAACCAGACAAAAGCACACGGCCUCUUAGGACCAACCCACACGGCCAUUUGGCAAUUGCAGCAGCGAGCUGAGGCAAGCGCAUUUCGGGUUUUCUUUUGUGAACUAACAAGAAGAACACACGGUUGUACUGCUUCUUGAUGGCAUCCCUUUUGUUUUCACUAUGCUUUUCUACAUUCUCACCUUACUGGUAAAUUCAUGGUUAUCUUUCAGAAGGACAAGAAGAACACAAGCAAGUGACAGCAUAACAAGAGAAUAGAUGGGGCUGCAUGGCUGCAGUGCCACUGGUGAGCUUGACAGCGAGAACUUCAGCGAACCAUUGCCAUGGAUCGGCUUGUACAUAGCUGUAGCUUCACUUUUGUGCUUGCUUGCCAUGGCAAUCGACGCCUUUCAUGGAUUCCGUCGCCGGAAGCUCUGGUUCCCAUGCAAGUUUUUCUCACUCAACGCUGCUUCCUUGACCCUCUUAGCCAUUGCCACAAAACUGCCCGUGGAUCUGAGCACAUCCAUGCCACGCGGUGAAGAACAAAUUACCAAGCUCAGUGGCACGAUCCUUAUUUGCACUGCAAUGGGCAACUUCAUGCCCUCUCUAGGAACUAUGGAGGACUCUGGAUUGUUCUCAAACGUUCUUGCCUUGGUUAUUCUCGUGAUCACCAUGGUUGUUAACAUUGGUAUUCAAAUGGGUACCGGUGCGAUCUAUGCUUUCUUACCUGAACACAUCAUAAUCAUGUUUUUCAUGAUAGUUUUGCUUGCGAUCUUGGUUUCUUCUGCUUUAACAAUUCCAACAACCAAGCAGCUGCUGGAACACCAAUAUAAGAAGAAGCAUAAACAGCAGCAGCUGGAACAACAAUAUGAUAAGAAGCAUAAACUGGCUUUAGAUGAAGAAGUGGACAAGGCUGAGGUGUUCCACGUUGAUAAAUUGAAAGAGACUGGUAUUGGAUGAUGGCCCAUUCUUCUUGUCCUUAGU